AUGAAAGCCCCUGAAAUCAUUCGGGUCAAGAGAAAGCGGGAUGAAGAUUCUGUACAGGCAUUACUUCUUGAAGAAAGUAGAAAUAGCAAAAGGGGAAAGUAUGUUUUCAAGCUAGCCAAAACGGUAGAGCUUAACUCUGGAAGCCAAGACAGUCCAGACACUCCCUUGUUAAAGCAUUCCAGUGAUGGUGACGUUAGACAUUUUAUUCUGGAGCAACAAACUCGAAUGGGCCAUACAGAUCAAUUACCAACUGAAAUCAGUGAGAUGCUAAAUGAUUACUUGAGCCUAGAGAAAAAUAACAGCACUUUAACAAACAAACCGCCACAUCGGAAGGCCAGUCGUAAGCAUUCCACGAGUCUCAAUCAGAAACUACCACUGGUCGACUACGUAUAUGACAUAUACUACAGGGAAAUGGUCCCAGAAGACGAGUUCGUAUUUGAUGAAGCUACGGUUGGCUAUAUUAAAAUCAUCGAAGACAACGGCGAUCUCAUACCGGAGGAAGACGAGGAUGCCGAUAGCCAACGACUAUCGGACGACGAGGAUUCAAAUGAAGAAACGUAUUACCAAAACGACUACCCCGAAGACGAGGAUGAUGACAGAUCUGUCCUCUUCAGUAGUGAAGAAGGUGAAUUGAAUGUGAAUAGAGGUUCAGUGGACGAAGAUGAAUCUUCGUCCAUCCUCCAAACUCCAGGUUCAUUGGAGAAUGAUAUGUUCGCUGAGACUGAGCUGGACCCGCUUUUUGAACGAUAUGCGGAAACAGUGAAUAUGUUAGAUUCAAUGGAGGGUACAGAAUCUAACGACAACGAGUAUGAGGAGGAUGCCUGGAAUGAUACCCAGGAUUUGAGUGAAAAUGAAGACUCAGCCGCCCGCUUCAAGAGGCAUAACUUUUUCCCUAACGAUAGUGACGAUCCAUUGGCCUUACACAGAGACAAGAUUUUCAAUCAAUUGCAGGAAAUGAUUGAUCGAUCGUAG